CUACCAGGAAGUAACUCACAACAGUAGAUUAGCGUGAAACAGUCUUGUUCUUUUGUUUUUUAGCACGUCCAUCCUUGAUAUCUGCACACUCCUUAAAGUGCAAAGAGUAAAAAUGAGUGGGAGCGGUGACGCAGAGCCUGUGACAUGCACCGUGAAGCCCCCAGUGUUCCUGCAGCUAGGAGAUGCCAAAACUGAUACAGUGAAGUCCGGGGUCUGCAUUGUUGAUGUUACUCUUCCAUUUGGAAAAUCUGUUAAUAUUGAGGAGAUAAGCUUUAAGAACUAUUACACAGCCUAUGUGACAGUGCGCCUGUUGAGAAAGAUCCCAGGACAGGAGACUGCAGCUAAGUGGGCCACUGCUCUGAGGGACCUGGCACUGAUGGAUAACCCCCACACAGAAGGAGGCUCUCAGGACUACUGCUCCAUCCACAGGGCACAGAUGCAAGUGGUGCCUGAUCAUGUGAUGUCUGUAAGAUUUAUCCUAAGGCAGCCAUCCUCAGCCUGGCUAAACUUUAACCUAGAAGAGAUCAAAAUAUUCCGCCAUAUUGAACCGGAUCCCGAGAAGGAGGUUUCUGAUUUGCUGUCUAACCUGACCCUGGUAGACUUUCACCCAGAUUUAGAGGGCCUCCCAGAUCCAUCAACAGUGUCUUCGAGUAUACAGCAGAUGUGGGCUCUUACAGAGGUUAUGCAGACCAACCAGACCACAGCUUCCAUUGGACGAUUUGAUGUUGAUGGAUGCUAUGAUAUUAACCUGCUUGCAGUGCCAUGAAACACAUUCCUGCUUAAUGCAAUGAUCUAAAGGCUCAGCAUGUUAUCAUGUUACACUCCUACACUUGAAUAGUGGGGCCAGAAACAUGUCUAUGUGUAGUAGAUAUCAAGAUUUAUUCAUUCAUGCUGAGGAAUAA